AUGAUUCAUCGAUUUCCUAGUGAGAUUUGGGAAAAAAUUGCCUUUAGUCUGUCUCAAGAAGAUAAAACGGCACUAUCUUAUGUCUCAAAGAGAGUAAAUCAUCUCAUAACACCGAUAUUAUACCAAAAUAUAUACCUCAAUGAAAGAUAUUACUUCCCAAGUGAUUAUGAUACUUCCCUUGGUACACAUAUGUGGUCAGUGUUAUAUUUUACAUUUCAAGAAAAGGAUUUGGAGAAAGAUUUAGGGAUGACUAUAAGGGCCAAAAAUAAAUUUCAAGCAUUGGUGAGGUCAUUAACUGAAGCUCCAUUGAAGUUAUGUCCCAUGAUCAAAAGGGUGCAUUGUACGUGGCAUCUAGAUCAAGAAACCCUUAUUUCAUUUUUGACAUUAUUAAACAAAUACGACACGAAUUUAUUAUCGUUUGAAAGUUUUAUAAAAGGUGAAAUUUGUCCUUACUUGUGGAAACAUACCUCUACAAUUCAAUCGUUGAAUUUGACACCUCCAGAUAUGCUACCAAAUCCAGAUGCAGCAGAUGAACAAUACUUCAAAUUAACAAGGAAUAUUGUAAAAAAAUAUAAUUUCGAUAAUAUACAAGAUCUGACUAUACACGUCAACCCAUUAAGUUUCUUUGAAAAAGGUAUGAAAAAAAUUAAAAUACGAGCUCUUUGUUUGAAUUUGAGGGAUGAUACUUUGAGUUCAGAACCUGUUGAUGAUUCUAUUCAUUAUUACGAUAUUUUCGACAUUAACACUUUAAAGGAAUUGGAAAUGUUAUCCUGGUAUAACGAAAGUUCUGUGGAUAUUGAUAUAUAUAAUGAUUGGAAAUUAUAUGACUUCUUCAAGUUUGACAAUAUAGAAUCCCUAUCGCUUUUAUCAUUAUUUAAAAAUGAAGAAUUUAUUCAAAACUGUAUAAGAAAGUUUUCAAAAUUAAAGAAAAUAAAAAUUGAUUUUAUGUUUGAUGCUACAAUCAGCAAAAACACAAUUGAUUUAAUGAGUAGAAAUAAAUGUGCCAAGACAAUAAGAUAUAUUGACUUAAAAAUACAAGAUAUGGAUGUCCCACUAUUGUCGAUUGAAGACGAUGAGGUAUCAAAUUUUAAGAUUCAAGUAUCCUGUAAAUGUGAUGAUUGUAAAAGGACCUUGGAUGAAGUUAUAUUGAAAAAAUAUUUCCCUAAUUCAGAUUCGUUCAUAAUUAAAGACUUUCAUGAUAUCGAACAAAAGAAUUUCAUUAUGCAAAUGUUUAAAUUGUUCACAAUAAUUCCAUAUUCUGCAGGGUUUGAUGAGUAUCCUUCUAUCGGAUUUUAUUCGAGGCCACUUGAAGAUUUCGUGAAAAAGGUUAAUUCAUUAUUAAAUCCGAAUCCAAACAAUGGUCAUAAAAUAAAAAGAGAUAUUACUAAAUCUGAUAUAAUAAGAAUCUACCACAUGUACUUACACUCGAUGAGAAAGUCAUUUGAUUAUUUUCUUUCAAGAUUCGAGAACUUGGAAUUUCUGAUUCUUAAUGAUAUUCCAACCAAAGUCAUUCAAUAUGAUGAAUUCCAAAGAUGUAACGUCCCUAUUUUCCAUUAUUAUGAAUAUAUGAGUAAUCAAGUAUAUGAACUUGUUAAUGAUGAGUCCCUGUUUGAUUGA